GGAGAUUAGAGACGACGUCAGGAUUUCCGGUUAAAAACCGGCGAAGUGGUUUGGCCAAACAUGAAAGUGAAUUUGACUGAAAGACAAAUAACAACAUAGGACAGAAAACGAUGUAUACCACCAGUACCAGACUUGUUGGAAAGUUUAUGUAUACAAAUACAUCCAGAUGUGUACAGUGUGCAAUUCAUCGGAACUUUAGUACCACACAAAGCUUGGGUGAGCUGAGGAAAUUAUCAACAGUGAAAAUAGUGGAUAACAGCGUCAUAGGAAAAAAGGCAUUAGAGAGUGGCAGUAAAGUGAAAAUUCUUCAGGUUUACAACAAGAAUGAGGUAGCCCGUGUGGGAGACAAGGUGUUAGUGUCCAUCCAGAAGGAGAGGAAAAAGGCCUACAUUGUAGGAUGUGUUCAAAAACCUAAGGUAAUGCAGCCAAGGUUUGACAGUAAUAAUGCCGUCUUAAUUGAUGAGACAGGUGCACCGAUAGGAACCAGGAUCCGUGUUCCUGUGCCUUCACAUCUGAGGGGACGCAGUGGAGACUUCACAAAGAUUUUAUCUAUUGCUACAAAAUUUGUCUGAUAUUGAAUGCACUUUUCAAAAUAAAGGUAUUAUUUGUGAUUAUUGUC